AUGGCUAGGGUGUCGUCCAAGGAGUCGAUCUCGGCCUCUAUCCCUCGCUCCGCCGUGUGCUCGGCGUACGGCCGCCGCCGCCGGCGGCAGAAGCCCGUGGGCGGCCAAGCUGGCCGCUGCAACGCCGUGCUGAAGCAGCACAAGACGAGGCUGUACAUCCUCGGCAAGUGCGUCUCCAUGCUCCUGUGCUGGCACGACCACGACGCCGACUGA